AUGGGGAUCGGUCCUAAAGACCCAAGGACGCCCGUCAGAGAUCCACUGCUACGAUUAAAGAACGUAUUUGCUCGGCACUUCAAGGGUAUAAUUGGUGUUUUAGUUCCAAUUGCUGCGUUAUCAUGGCAGCCUGAGAAAGGACAAAACGAUAUAACAGUGAUGUGUAUGUGGUUUAUGAUGUUCUGGUUUUUAAUCUGGCAGCCAGUAAGCGUACCCGUAGUAGGUCUGAUACCCCUAUUCCUUUUACCCAUGUCUGGAGUGAUGUCUUCACCUGAUGUCUGCAGUAGUUAUUUCAAUGAUAGUGUCUGCCUAUUCGUAUUGUCUGGAAUGGUUUUGCUUCUCCUGAAUAUUUCAGGUUUUGACAGGCGUUUCGCAUUAUGGCUGCUCUGUUCGGGUGAUAAUUGUCAAUUCUCUGGAAAGCGAAUCGUGUUCAAAUCGAGUGUUGCUGCAUUUGUGAUGUCCAUGUUUAGCAACCGACUGAUAGCAUCUUCUGCGAUAACGCAGUACUUGACACCGGCGUACGUUAAUUUGCAGUCCUACACCGCCCGGUACAGGGCUACGGAGCCAAACUAUGACACUAUGCGACAUAUAGUACUUAACGCAGUGCAAACAUCAUCGUCAAUAGGAAGCACAGCCAUUCUUCACUCCUCAUAUACGAUUGUUGCUAUGCGUGCUAUGUUCUCUGAACAAGACAAGAAAUUAGUCUUUCCUGAUAUAUUCAACUAUUUGCAGUACACCGUGUUUGCUUUUCCAACUGCUUUUUUCAUGUUCAUUUUGAACGUAUGCUAUCACAUGCUACUAAUUAAUUGGCUGAUUGGCAAACCAAUGAGUGCGAGCAGUAUGACAGAAUUCCGUAAUUCAAUAUUAAAAAAUAAGAACAGCAUACCGAAGAGAGCUACACCCCAUGAAAAAAUGACGGUCUUAUUUGCCAUACUCUAUCUGAUCGCUGUUAUGUUCCGUUGGAGUAGAUGGAGUGGAGCUUCGUGGGCCAAGAAUAAGACCCUUCCGAACAACGAGAAUCUACCGAUGGUAAAAGAUGCAUCGGUAGCUGCAGUUUUCUUAUUGCUUAUACACGUUAUUCCGAGAACAUGUGGAUGGAUGAAAAUACUACAAGCCGAAAAAAAAAGUGAAUGUGGUUCACUGAAGCCCGAUUCCGCAUUAAUGUUCUGGCGAUUUGUUGACAAGAAUACAAACUAUGGAUAUAUUAUUCUGAUUGGAUCAGGUGUCGCUCUUGUCCGGGCCAUUAAAGCCGCAAAUGGUUAUCCGAAGUGUUUCAAUUUUUACGAGAAGCUGAUGGAUUCUAAGACAAAUUGGAAUAAUCAGAUGGCGUUGAUUGCAGUUAUUGCCUCUAUAGGUCCCAAUAUAAUUUCUGGAGUCGGAUCGCUUAUUUCUUUUCUGCCAUUGAUUUUGAGCAUUAGAGGCGAAGGUGAAGAUGCAGAAAAUCCUUGGAAACAGAACAGAUAUGCAGCAGUACUUGCUGCUGGAAUGGGAUCAUCUUUUGGAUUUAUGUUGCCGUUUUUAUACACACCAGCCUAUUUUUGCCACUACACGGGAAAAGUACCGAUAAAAAAGAUGAUAUUGUAUUCCAUCGGUACACUGAUUAUAUGCGCAAUAGUCUUGUGGGUGGCGACAUGUUUUUGGGCACCUAUUGUGUGGCAGCCUACCGCGGAAGGCUUCGAAGGAGUAGUUGUGGUUGAAGGCGGCGCAGAUGCAGGUGGAGGCGAUGCUGGUGGCGGUGGAGACGAAGGUGGCGGUGAUGAACCGGAACCUUAG